GCCAUCAGAAAAGAAUACAAUACUGCUCACUAAAUCUCUGGCUCGUAUGCAGCAGCAACAACAGCAAAAACAAUAACAAUGGGGAAAUUAGAACCUCCAAAGCCCGAGAACAAAAUGGAGCUAUUGCAAUCAGAGGUAGCUUCUUUUGCUUCCUCUCUUGGCCUCUCUUCUUCUGCUUCUCUAUCUACCUCUGGUUUUAACGAUACAGAUUUCCGAAAAUCAGGUUCCCUAAAGAAACCCAAAAAACCCUCAGACAAAAAAUCCCAAUUCAAUGAUAACGACAUUAAAACUUCCCCAAAAAACCAAUUUGAUAAAACUUCCCAAAAGGCCAAGAAUUUCAACAAAAAUGAGAAAAGAUCGCACUUUGAACAAAAACACAAUAACAAACCAAUACAAAAGGCUCCAUUUUUAUCACUUGAUGCCAAUAACAGCAGCAGCAAUAGCAAUAGCAAUAUAAAAGGUUUUGACAAGUACAAGAACCUACCAAAGUUACCAUUAGUGAAAGCUAAUAUUUUGGGCGUAUGGCAUGUGGAUGCGAUGGAGUUUGAGAAGAAAGUUUUGGGUGGUGAAGGGAACAGCAAAUUGGAGCUGAAAAUGGGCGUGGAGGAAUGGAAAGUCUUGGUGGAGAAGAAGAAAGAGUUAGGAGAAAGACUUAUGUGGCAAUAUGGGCAAGACUAUGAACAAAGUAGAGGGCAAAGUGGAGAUAUUAAAAUGCUUGCUGCUACUCAGAGGUCUGGUACUGCUGCUGAUAAAGUUUCUGCCUUUUCUGUUCUUGUUGGUGAUAAUGCUAUUGCUAAUUUGCGGUCACUUGAUGCACUUUUAGGAAUGGUGACAUCAAAAGUGGGAAAGCGCCAUGCUCUGACAGGGUUUGAAGCACUAAAGGAACUUUUUAUUUCAAGUUUGCUACCUGAUCGGAAGCUGAAGACCCUUUUACAACGGCCUGUAAAUAGUCUCCCUGAGACAAAAGAUGGUUAUUCUCUUUUGCUUUUCUGGUAUUGGGAGGAUUGUUUGAAGCUGAGGUACGAGCGUUUUGUUUCUGCACUUGAGGAAGCAUCAAGAGACAUGCUACCCAUACUAAAAGACAAGGCAUUGAAGACCAUGUAUGCCUUGUUGAAAAGCAAAUCAGAGCAGGAGCGCAGGUUGCUUUCUGCUCUAGUUAACAAACUAGGUGAUCCUCAAAAUAGGGGUGCAUCUAAUGCUGACUUUCACUUGUCAAACCUUUUGUCCGACCAUCCAAAUAUGAAGGCUGUGGUGAUUGAUGAAGUAGACACUUUUCUCUUUCGGCCUCAUUUGGGACUCAGAGCGAAGUACCAUGCUGUUAACUUCUUAAGUCAAAUUCGUCUAAGUCAUAAAGGAGAUGGACCGAAGGUGGCAAAACGUUUGGUAGAUGUAUACUUUGCAUUAUUCAAGGUGCUGAUUACUGAGGUGGAUGGUAAUCAAAAGAUGGAUAAAAGCAGCAAAGCAGAUAAUAGAAACACACCUGAUCCUGCAAAGGAGAACAAAGUCAAAAGUUCAUCAGAAUCUCAUGUUGAAUUGGAUUCGCGACUGCUAUCAGCUCUUUUAACAGGUGUCAAUAGAGCAUUUCCUUAUGUUUCAAGCACUGAGGCUGAUGACAUUAUUGAGGUCCAAACACCCGUGCUCUUCCGGCUGGUCCAUUCCAAUAAUUUCAAUGUAGGACUUCAGGCUUUGAUGCUUCUUGAUAAAAUUUCAUCUAAAAACCAGAUUGUCAGUGAUCGGUUUUACCGUUCUUUGUACUCAAAGCUUUUACUUCCAGCCGCCAUGAAUUCUUCCAAGGCGGAAAUGUUCAUUGGACUUCUUUUAAGAGCCAUGAAAAGUGACGUGAACCUGAAGCGUGUUUCAGCCUUUUCAAAGCGUCUGUUGCAGGUUUCCCUUCAGCAGCCACCUCAAUAUGCCUGUGGAUGCCUGUUUCUCCUCUCUGAACUUCUCAAAGCAAGGCCCCCUUUAUGGAACAUGGUUAUGCAGAAUGAGUCGGUUGAUGAAGAACUUGAACAUUUUCAAGACAUAGUGGAAGAAACUGAUAGUGGACCUCAUUCAGCAGCAAAGGCAGAAAGUAAGCUUGAAUCUGUCCGUAGGGGCGACAAGGGCAAACCUACAGGUGAUUCUUCAGAAAGUGAAGAUUCUCCUGUCCCUAGCUCUGAGGAUGAUGAUUCAGAUGAGUCAGAAGCGGAAGAGUUAUUUGCAAAAGAUGGUUCAAAAGAAUUUCAGGAACCCCAGGCACUGUCCAAUUAUAAUGUUAACCAGCGCCAAAUAUCAUCUACAGGUCCUUCCCUACCAGGAGGUUACAAUCCACGGCAUAGAGAGCCUUCUUACUGUAAUGCGGAUCGUGCAAGCUGGUGGGAGCUGAUGGUACUUGCUUCUCAUGCGCACCCAUCUGUUGCUACCAUGGCUGGGACACUUCUAUCUGGGGCUAAUAUUGUUUACAAUGGGAACCCACUGAAUGAUCUAUCGCUUACUGCUUUUCUAGACAAGUUCAUGGAGAAGAAACCGAAGCAGACAACAUGGCAUGGUGGCUCCCAAAUUGAACCAGCGAAGAAGCUCGACAUGAACAAUCAUUUAAUUGGAUCAGAAAUUCUUUCAUUGGCUGAAAUGGAUGUGCCUCCUGAAGAUUUGGUUUUUCACAAGUUCUAUGUGAAUAAAAUGAACUCCUCGAAGCCAAAGAAGAAGAAAAAGAAGAAGGCAGCUGAAGAUGAAGCAGCUGAAGAGCUUUUUGAUGUGGGUGAUGACGAUGGAGUAGAUGGUGCUGAUGAGAGUGAUAAUGAAGAGAUUGAGAAUCUGUUGGAUUCUGCUAAUCUUUCUUUGGAAGCUGAUGGCGAAUAUGAUUAUGAUGAUUUGGACCAAGUUGCCAACGAAGACGACGAUGACUUGAUUGGUGAUGUCAGUGAUGUAGAGAUGGAUUUGCCCUCUGAUAUGGGAGAAGCUUUUGAUGGCAUUGCUGAUGGUGAUAAAAGCGAUGAUGUUGAAGCUAUCGACAUUGGGGAUGCAGAUGACGGUAGUAAUGAUGAGGAUGGAUAUGAUAACCGGAAAAGAAAAAGAAAAUCUGGUGGUAAGGUGGGUGCAUCACCAUUUGCAAAUCUUGAAGAUUAUGAGCACUUAUUAAAUGAGGACAGUCCCACAGAAAAGAAAUCUCUGAAAAAGAGAAAGCCAAAAUCAGGAAAGAAGUGGAAAUCCGAGUGAUGAUGCCUCAAUUCACAAUGUCAUGAAGUAUCAGGAUACAAUAAUCUGUCGCCUUGUUUAGCAGGAAACAGCAUAGAUGACAGUGCUCCAAGAGGUUGGUUUAUGAGACACUAUGAGGCUUCUAUUUAAGCUGCUAAUUUAUUGAAGGGCUGGUUAAUUUUGAUUGAGCAACCAGCGGGGCAAUAGUGAGAAAACAAUGCAUAAAAAUGUUUGUACAAGGACUUCGCAAGUUCUUUUCUACUUGUGGUUAUUCAUCGUUCAGUAUAGCAAUUAAUCUUUGCUUUGCCUAGUUCAUUGGCCAAAUUUGAGAACAAUUUUUGUUUGAAAUUUUAUUUGUCCAUUUUUAUGGAUUUAGCUGCUUGCUAUACUUGAGAUAGUUCUUUCAUCUGUUGAUGAUCUAAAAACAUGAAGAUUUUAAUCAUUUUUAACACUUUUA